GCUUUUUUAAACAGAAAACCACCAUCACUAAUUUUGUGCUUUUAGUAAAAGCUUUCGAAAUAUUUCAUUAGUAAACAAAUAAAUAAAAUUGUGAUACAAAAUAGUCACCAAGUCAAAAUCAUUUUUUAACUUUAUCAGUCAACAUAAGCGAAGGCAAGAUGACGUCGAAAUCAGAUGUUCUAGCUAUCGGAACCGAGACCAGCGAAAAUUUGAAACCAAUCACUCAUAACCGCAAAGCCUAUUUGCAGUGGGAUUUCGAGGAACACUUGCAAAAAAUUCUACUGAAUGGGGCAAAGCCAUUGAAAAGUGCACCUGAUGAUAAUGCUAUCGAAAGGUUUGGAGCAAAUGAAUUCAAGAAGAAUGAUCACCAUUAUUACGAGUUCGGAGCCGAGUCUAAAAGAUUUGCCUGGCUAAUAAAUGGACCUACUUUCGAAGCCAAAGGUGUUCUACGACGUGUCAAGGAUCGAAUAAGCAAGGACCACUGGAUAACUGAUAACGUUGCGAAGUAUAAAAAACAUUCGAGGGACUUUAUAAAACAAACAGUUAGUAAUGCUCUACAUGAGGAACAAGUGGAAAUUUAUCAAUAUCUGUGUUAUCUAAAUACAAAUUUCAAUAAAAAGUGAACAAAUAUAGGAA